AGACGAUCUUUUUAUCAAGCUCAUCUGACGUAAGGAAAGUACAGGUUACAAAACAAGAACAGCUAGUACAGGGCUAACUUAAUUUUGAAGCCGACACUUGUUAAUUUGUGGCCAGCCUUGUUUGAUUUGCCUGUAGUAACAAGAAUAUGUUUACUAAUGCUGAGUAAUGGAUCCCACCGCCAGCACAGGUCCUAUGCUGAACGACUGUGAGACAGAGCUGGAAACUAAAAGAAGCUGGUCAAGUUCUCUCUGGAGCUGGUGGCCUUCUUGGCGUCCAACCUCCAUGUCCCUUUUGAAGACAGCAGAGUCCAAGAUUCUCACCUGUAUUCAGAAUGACCUUUGGGCCAGAUUUGUGACGCUCCCAAACCAGGACAGAAUAUGGACUCUGUCCCUCACCAACAAGCUGGCUCCCAAACCUGCAGAUCAAGCUUCUAAGACUCCCCUGGUGAUGGUUCAUGGCUUCGGAGGAGGUGUUGGACUCUGGAUCAGGAACUUGGAUGCACUGAGCCGCUCGCGGACCGUCCACGCUUUUGACCUCUUGGGCUUUGGCAGAAGUUCCAGACCUCCUUUCCCCUCAGAUGCUGCCAAGGCAGAGGAGCAAUUUGUUGACUCUAUUGAACAAUGGAGGCAGUCUGUAGGUGUGGAGAACAUGAUCCUGCUGGGACACAGUUUGGGGGGCUACCUGGCUACCUCAUAUGCAAUUCAGCACCCCUCUAGGGUGGCUCAUCUGAUCUUGGUGGACCCCUGGGGAUUCCCUGAGCGACCGCAGUCGCAAACCCAGGAGGGUCAGAGUGAAGAGGUGGUGAAGAGGGUGCGCCCUCCUCGCUGGGUGAGGGCUAUCGCAUCGAUUGUUUCUCUGUUCAACCCGCUGGCUGUCGUCAGAGCAGCCGGCCCGUGGGGCCCGGGCUUGGUGAACAGAUUCCGUCCUGAUUUCAAAAGGAAGUUUGAAGAUCUGUUUGAUGAUGACACAAUGACGCAGUACAUCUACCACUGUAAUGCACAGAGCCCAAGUGGUGAAGUGGGUUUCCGGGCCAUGUCAGAGACACUUGGCUGGGCUAAGAGGCCCAUGCUGCAGCGAGUGCAUCUCCUGCCCUCUUCCAUGCCUGUCACCAUGGUGUAUGGAGCUCUGUCCUGGGUGGACAGCUCAUCUGGGGACAGAGCGGCUGAGAUCAGGGGCAAUAAGGCCCACACCAAAGUGCGGCUGAUAGACGACGCCUCGCACAACGUGUAUGCAGACCAACCAGACGAGUUUAACAAAAUGGUGGAAAAUAUCUGUAAAUCAGUGGACUGACCCCGCUUCCACAUCUCCGGUGUAUUACAGUGUGUGUAUUGAGAGUGUGUCAUGUUGGGAUCACAGCUGCAACCUUCACACAUGAAGCAUGCUCAGCAUCAUUGGUUUUAAUCUGACUAAGUUACCCAUUUCACUGCUGUAAAUCAUAAAAGGGCCUUUGAUAUAAAGAGUGAUUACACGACUGGUUGCAUCUGUGUUCAGAAUAAAACUUACAAAGUUC